CUCCGACGCAGUAGCGUUACAACGAGUUGAUUUAGGGGAUUGGGGUUUUUUCAUUUGUGUUUUUCACUGAGGACUUUCUGUAGGACCAUCAGCACCUCCAUCUCUAGGAAAUAUGAGUUCCGUCAACACAGACCAGCGGCUUGACCAUCUCCUCAGCGCCGUGGAGAGCGAGUUCCAGAAGGGAAGCGAGAAAGGCGAUGCGUUGGAGAGGGAUAUUAAAGUGGGGCUUGAAGACGUGGAUCUUUGGACGAAGUUUAAGGAACUCACGAACGAAAUGAUUGUGACCAAGACUGGCAGGAGGAUGUUUCCAGUUCUCAGAGCUAACGUAUCGGGGCUGGACCCCAACGCAAUGUACUCAGUCCUACUGGACUUUGUAGCGGCUGACAAUAAUCGGUGGAAGUAUGUCAACGGGGAAUGGGUUCCGGGCGGCAAACCGGAGCCUCAGAGCCCCAGCUGCGUGUACAUUCACCCGGACUCUCCCAACUUCGGCGCGCAUUGGAUGAAAGCGCCCAUUUCUUUCAGCAAGGUCAAACUCUCCAACAAGCUCAACGGAGGGGGGCAGAUUAUGUUGAACUCUCUACACAAAUACGAGCCUCGCAUUCACAUCGUGAAAGUGGGAGGGAUUCAGAAAAGGAUUAACAGCCAGUCAUUCCCCGAGACGCAGUUCAUCGCAGUGACUGCUUAUCAGAACGAAGAGAUCACUGCUCUGAAAAUUAAACACAACCCCUUUGCAAAGGCGUUUCUUGACGCUAAAGAAAGGAGUGAUCACAAAGAUAUCCCAGAACAUUCCAGCGAUGGCCAGCAGUCGGGAUAUUCACAAAUUGGAGGAUGGUUUCUCCCUGGCAACGGUUCCAUCUGCCCCAGCACGAACCAGGCCCAGUUUGGCGGUGGAUCGUCUCUCUCCUCUGGGUCUUAUUGUGAGCGAUACUCUGGCCUGAGAAACCACAGAGCAGCACCGUACCCCAGCCACUACUCUCACAGAAACUCCUCUCCGAAUAAUUACAUGGAUAACUCUUCUUCUGGAUUGACUUCUCAUGAUAGCUGGUCCGGUCUGCAGAUCCCCAACUCCAGUGGGAUGGUCUCCCUCUCUCACACCACCAACUCUGCCACAAACUCCAGUCAGUACCCAAGCUUGUGGUCGGUCGCCGGCACCUCUCUCAACCCUGGCUCCCCCUCGGGCUCCAUCACCAGCGGCCUGACGUCGCAGUUCCUCCGCGGAUCCUCAGUCUCUUAUACAGGCCUGGCCUCUUCCAUGCCAGCACCUUCUGGGUCCCCCAUGUACGACAGCACCCUGAGUGACGUGGGCGGGAACGAGGCCCAGUUCGAGAGCUCCAUAGCGAGGCUCACCGCAUCCUGGGUGCCCUUGGCUCAGAGUUACUGACUGGAGUAACCGUGGCAACCAAUGCAGUGGAGCUGGCCCUGUCUUUAGCGGGUGUGAGGCCUGUGCUUUCUGAACAGCCUGUCCACCGCAGGCUCGCCACUGGGUUAAGCUGAGAUUUUCUGAACUGGUAUUAGAAAAAAAAAGAACUCUACCUCAGUGAAAAUCCUUUGAACAUUUUCCUUUUCACUUCUUGAGCAUGGGGAAGGUCGGCAUGGACAACGAGUGGAGCCUGGCAGGCAGAUCGACAGUAUGAAUCUCUUGGGUGCCUGCGAGGAUGAGGACUGUCCAGCUGUGACACAGUCACAAAGGAAUAAAGCUUGUUGAUACACCAUGAAGUACUUGAGUUACGAAACAAUAUCCCUGUGCACAGCUCUGGCCAAAAGUUUUACAUCACCUAGAAUUUUAGGAUUGAGACAAUCAUAAUAAUAAAAAAAUAUAUUUAUGAACAUAAUCUAGAUCUUUUAUUUAACGUCAUGUAAUCAAAGAAACUACAAAAUGAUAUCGCAAGUGUCUACCAGAAGCCGUAAUAGCAGUGCAGUAUUUCAUGUUAGAAUUUGAAAUGUCACAUUUUUCAAUUUGUCCGUUUUUUAUGUGGGGAAAAUUGCAAAGUGGUAUGUAAUUCAAUAUGUGAACAUAACAUUAUUCAGCAGGUUUCAUGCGACUAUGAAGCAAAUGUAGUUAAUUCUAUAAGGUGAUGUAAAACUUUUAGACAUAACUGUAAAAGUGAUGUUACACAGUUGUAUUAUUUUUGUAUUGGUCCAGAUUACUAUCAGCUAUUGCUAGUUUUCAAGUAGAACCCCCUGGAUUAACACUUGUAUGAUUAAGUUUUUAAAACUUUUUUUUUUCUAUUUAAGUAUCAGCUGACUUCAGAGCAGAAUACAGGACUGUAUUUAAUUUAUAUCAACUGAACUUGAACUAUGCAUUUCCAGUACUACCCACUUGUAUGUUAAUGUCAAAUGUUUUUAGUAUCGAAACUAUCCUAUUGUUAAAACAAUGUAUAAACACAUCAGUCAAUGUUUAAUUUGUGAUGCAACAGAUGAAAGGGAAGGGAGUUUGCAAUAACAGAGAGUGCUUCAGAUAUUUAAAACAUUGCUGAAAAAAGCACACUUUACCUUUAUGUCUACAGAUGGUUUGUUAGGUCAAAAGUCUUGUUAAAUUUCAUCCUGAAAUACUGUAUAUAUUUUGUUUGUUUAUUUUAGGCAACAUGAACACGUGAGCUUUAUUUAUGUAAUUUUAAAAGUAAAUUAAUGUUUUUUGGAAACAAUUAA